ACCCGGAAGCUGGAGGUGUAAACUGGGUUUCGAGUGUCCUGUGUGUAGAUUUGUUUGUUUUACAGUAUUUAGGAAAUAUUUUUUUUUUAUGAACUCGUUUGUUGCACGUCUUUCUGUUUAUGGUUUCUUUUACUUCCGGUGUGCUCUGAGCUUCAUGUUUGUUUAUUGCCCUGAAGUCAUAAUGGAUGAGUGAGUGAGUGAGUGAGAGAGAGAGAGAGAGAGACUGGGGUUAAUCAUUCCUCUUUAUUACCCCUGUAGUGAUUUAGAGAGAGAGAGAGAGAUGGCGGAGGCUGAAGAUGAUUUCCCUGAGCAGGUUGAUGAUGCGGAACUUUCACUGCAGGGAAUUAACAUGCUGCUGAACAACGGCUUUAAAGAGAGCACAGAGCUGUUCCACAGGUACAGGAAUUACAGCCCUCUGAUGAGCUUUGGUGCAAGUUUCGUCAGUUUUCUGAAUGCCAUGAUGACGUUUGAAGAGGAGAAGAUGCAGGUGGCAUGUGAGGACCUGCGAGCCACAGAGAGACUGCGCGAGUGCGACAGCGCUGGCGUUAUCGAGGCAAUCAAGAACAAGAUCAAGAAAAAUCAGGCGGAAGGUCAGAGGUCAGAGGUGACCGUGAUCGAUCGGCUGCAGAGGCUCAUCAUAGUGGCUGACUGUCAGGUUUAUUUAGCCGUGCUGUCCUUUGUCAGACAGGAGCUCUCAGGAUAUAUAAAAGCUGGCUGGAUUCUUCGUAAGGCUUGGAAAAUGUAUAAUAAGUGCUAUAAUGAGAUCACCCGGUUACAGGAAGUGUCCCAGAGGAGGUGCUCAGCACCACAGGGGGCACUUUCUUUUGAUAGUAGUCCGAAUGCCUCAGUGCCUGAUCCGACAGCAGGCUGCUCCGGCCAACCUGAACCCAGGCAGGAUUGUUCGCUGGCUCCUGUCUCAGAGGGGUCACAUUCUCCCAGUCAGCUUAACAACGGCCACAAAGCUUCCUCCAGUCGGUCCAAACACAAGCUGAAAUCUCAGCCGCGGCUCGAUCACAGCGUGACCGCAGAGUCUCUGAGUCGACUCAAGGGUUCAGUCAGCUUCGGCUACGGCCUGUUCCACCUCUGCAUCUCUAUGGUGCCUCCUCACCUGCUGAGAAUCAUUAACCUGCUGGGAUUCCCCGGCUCGCGGCAGGAGGGGCUCAGCGCCCUCACGUACUCCAGCGAAAGUAAGGACAUGAAGGCCCCUCUCUCUACACUGGCCCUGCUGUGGUACCACACAGUCGUACAACCCUUCUUUGCGCUGGACGGCUCCGAAACAGAGGCAGGACUUCAAGCUGCGAAAGACUUGCUUCAGAAGAAAGAAGCCGAAUAUCCAAACUCCUCCCUCUUCAUCUUCUUUAAGGGGCGAGUGCUGCGCCUCGAGUGUGAGAUCAGCAGGGCUUUAACAUGCUUUAACAAUGCCUUGGAGCUGGCUUCAGAGCAGAGGGAGAUCCAGCACAUCUGUCUGUAUGAGAUUGGUUGGUGCAGUAUGAUCGAGCUGAGCUUCUCUGAAGCGUACAAAGCAUUCGAGCGUCUGAGGACCGAGUCACGCUGGUCCCAGUGCUACUACUCCUACCUCACUGGAGUGUGUCAGGGAGCUGCAGGUGAUCUGGACGGAGCUUGUAGCGUACUGAAAGAUGCUGCUCGGCUUUUCAAGAGGAAGCACAAUCAGAUUGAGCAGUUUUCCAUGAGCAAGGCUGAGGAUUUAAGGAAGCCCCGGCCUUCAAAAGAGCGAUGUACUAUGGCUGCUAUCGAGGUUCUGUACCUUUGGAAAGCUCUUCCAAACUGCUCCAGUGUCAACCUGCAGCUCAUGAUUGAAGUUCUAAAGCAGAUGGACGGCUCGUCGUAUUGUGGACUGAAGCACCUCCUGCUGGGGGCCGUGCACAAAAGUCUAGGGGAUAACGCAAACGCAAUGCAGUGUUUUCAGGUGGCUUUUAGAGAUGAAGAAGGGCGUGUCAGUAACUCGUACGUGCAGCCUUAUUCGCUCUAUGAGCUGGGAUGUGUGCUACUGGAAAGCCCUGAGUCUGCAGCCAAAGGAAGAGCUCUGCUUCUUCAAGCCAAGGAGGACUUCUCGGAGUACGAUUUUGAGAACAGGCUCCACGUGCGAAUCCACACAGCUUUAGCUUCACUUCAAGCAACGGCGCCGCAAUAACUCCUCCUUCCUGAGGCUUUUUUUCCCCUCAGAAACACACAAGCCAGCAAAAAAAUAAAUAAAUAAUUCUGAGGCGAAAUUCAGAGGAAGGAGCGCUGCUUCGGAUUGUUACUGCUGAUUGCUGUAAACGGUAUUUUUUGGGUUUUUUUCUUUCUUUCUUCCUUCCUUUUUUCCCUCCCCCCUCCUAAGCGCACUUUAUAUUUUUAUUUUGGAUGAAGAGAAACGGUCAGUUUUAAUAUAGAGUUCUACAUUGUGAAAUCUCUCAUCAGGAAAGUCAGGUGUCGCUCAGCUGCUGUUUGGAAAGUCCAGUCACAAAGCACAUGAUUUCCGAUUUAUGGAUUGUAUUAUGUUUGUUUAAACUCGUGCCUGUGAGAUACUCAAAAGCAUUACGGUGAGUAGUUUAUUUUACUGAGUGGUUUUGGGUCAGUAAUCUGAUACCUGGCCAUGCAUGUGGUCUCAAAGUGUUGUUCGUCAUAAUCAUCAUGUGCUAAAAUGCCAGCAAACAAAAAUGUUGCCAGAUUGGUGCAGCAGAUCACACGUCCUAAACUGCAGGGUUUAUAAUUCACUCAUGCAGCUCACGGUUGGGUACGGAAGCCGAGAGAGGCCCUUCAUAUAAUCCUUUUUUUUAUUCACCUUGUUAUCCCGAGAUAACAACAUUAAUUAAUUCAGGAUCUCGAGAAAACAACACAACUAAUUCGAGAUCUCGAGAAAACAAAACUGUUAUUCCGAGAUCUCGAGUAAACAGCUGAGAAAUGGUUCAUUCAGGUGCGCCAAGAGACUUGUGAUAUGCUGACUUUGGGGCUAUUUCUCAUUCUGUAUAGACGCAACUUUGGUCAUUAGAAUGUCUGGAAUAAUCGAUCACCUAAUAAGGCAAUAUUUUGAUCAGGGGUUGACACAGGGAGAGAUUGCAUUAAGUCUUUUAAUAAGGGAUAAUUUCAAAAUUAUUCCGCGGCACCUCUGCAGAAGACUGGCCCGGCUUCGUCUCAGCUCUGCUAGAAAUCUCAGCUGUUUUCUCGAGAUCACGGAAUAAUUGUUUUGUUUUCUCGAGAUCUCGAAUUAAUUAUGUCGUUAUCUCGGGAUAACAAGGUGAAUAAAAAAAGAUUAUAUGACGGGCCUCUCUUGGCUUCCGUAGUUGGGCAGCUACAUGUUGUUGUUUUUUUUGUUGUUUUUUUUAAACCAAAGUCUACAAAGUGUCUGCUUAGGCAUCCUGAUAUUUAACAGUUAUUCCACAAAAUCGAGUCGUACGUGAGCUGAUGGCUGACAAGGCGCAUAGCACUGAGAUUGAGUGGAAUAACUGUUUUUUUUAUUCUAUCCACAUUCACUGGAGUUUCAGAAACGGAGCAUUUUUAUUUUUCGCAAAUUCAAUAAAUAAAAACUUGAAACAAAAUGCCGACAAAAUAAUUUCCGCUUCGAACGUAAACAAACCGGCGAAAUGACGGCAGCAAUUUGUGAAAAAUGCGAUGAGAUGUAAAAAAAAAAAAAAAGAUACGUUUUUACCAUCAAAUACUUUUUAUCCUUUUUUUUGUAUUUUUGGGCUUUUGUUUUCAAGUAGAGUUUUUAUUUCGUCCUCGGUUGGUUCAGCAACACGCGCCGCCAUUUUUUUUUUUUUCCCUUUACUCACGGUAUAUGAGCUGAUUAUCCUAGUAGUAGCCAAUCAGAGCGCACGAUUUCUCAUAUCCAGUGAAUGUGGAGAGAAUCAUAUUUGAUUGCCUGUGAAUCCUGAAAUAUUUGUUGUUCUACGAACAAAAUGGAAAAUAAUGCCAGAAAGGACGUUAUCUGAUAUGUAUACCUCAUCGACCGACGAUGUAUCACUGAUUACUGCUACAUUUACGAGGAAACUAGUCUGUUACCUGUGGUUAGCUAAAAAUAUCUUUAAGUGUAUGUGGGGGAAAAAUUAAAAAAAAAAAAUCAGGCCUUCCUUCAUUUUACAGUACAGUAAGUAUGUAUUGUUUAAUCGGUAGGUACUUGGUAAUUAAUUAUAAGUAGUUUUUUAAAAAUUGUUUACAUAUAGAAUUUUGAUAUACCACGUAAUAAUUUUUGAUAAAAAUGACCAGUUUUUUGUAGAAGAGCAUUGGCACCGUAAUGCAAUACUUGGUCAGAUUGUAAUUGUAAUCAUGCAGGAGCAAAUCAUGUGGCGUAAUCUUUAAUUUAUAAACAACUUCUCAUCUGAAUAUUUUAACAUUACAGUGAACGGUGUGAAAAAUACCAGGUAUACGAUGUACUUAAAGAUUCAGUACACAACGUCGCAUCAGAUAUUCCAGCAUACUGACCUGUUAAAUAAUAUGUAGUUACUGUACUGAUAAAUGAAGUAUUACUCAAGAUGGUACUAUUGGGUUCAGCUGAGGAAACAGGAAGUGAAAUUCAUGUUGAAGUGCACUAUUCGGACUUCAAAGUGCACAGUUACAACAGUUACAGUAUAUCCUGUACAGAGGGAAAUAACCUGGUGGAGGCAGCUGUGUCUGGUUUUUUUUGUUUUUUUUAAAGGGCGGGGAUUGGUUUCAUCAUGCUCAGCAGUAGCAUGUACUUUAUUAUAGUAUUAUAGAAGUGCUGUUCUUGACCUUCAGUUUGGAAAAAUAAACAAUGGACAGGUUAAGGAAA